AUGGAUCGGUUUACGCGCCAGAAACAGGCCGCCAUGGACAAGGUGCUCGCCUCCGUCCUUCGUAAUCCGUUCAUCGUCAAGUACUACUCUUGUUUCACCUGCAAGCAAGCGUACGUGACAGUGAUGGAGUACGUGGCCGGCGUAGACCUGAUGCGUGUCCUGAACCACGAGCACUACCUCGAGAUCGACGCCGUGCAGAUCAUCAUGGCGCAGCUUAUACUCGCGCUGCAGCACAUGCACUUCAAGGGGUUCCUUCAUCGAGACAUCAAGGUGUCCAAUAUGCUCAUAUUGCCCGGAGGACGACUGAAGGUCAUAGACUUCGACACGACGAAAGUUUGCCAUGGACUCUUCUCCAAGCGAGUGGUGCGUGGUUUCUUCAGAAAGACUCCUUUUGAGUUCAACGACGCUGAGUCUGCGGGCACGGUGCCUUACAUGGCUCCCGAAGUGCUCAGGCAGCGCCCGUACGGCCGUUCCGUGGACUGGUGGUCAGCCGGUAUCGUCAUGUACAAGCUGAUGACGGGCCGCGUGCCGUUCCGGGGCAAGAACCGGCAGGCGGUGCGCGACCGCAUCAUCGCAGCGCCGCUGCGCUUCCCGCGCGCUGAAGACCGCGACCAUUCGGCCACCACGCCCGCCAAAGACAUGACGUUCCGCAUGCUGCGCAAGAACGCCAUCGACCGUCUUGGCUCACGAAGUUACGCCGAGCUCAAGACGCACCCAUUCUUCGACCGCUUCAACUGGAAGCGACUCCACCGGGAGCGCCACCUUUGCGACAUCCCCAGCGUCGGCCCAUUGGCCAGCGCGAUGCGCUCUAAGCAGGCGGUCGAGUUGAGUACGAUAGCCGACAAGCGGCGCAAGCUCAAGCUCGAGGACAUGCGGGACGUCAGCGCGGACGGACAGCGACCACUGCUCUGUUUCUCCUCAAGCUCCUUCAAGAAGCUCAUCCUUGCUGUGAGUGCUGCGGGCUGCUUGCGUGGUCUGUUCACGUCUUCCGAUGCUCACCACGGCACACUUUGA